GAAGCCUGGAGGAGGAUGGGUCACCGAGACUUUUCAACAGGGAAUAUGUGCUGAUGUUUGGUGUGUUUGAUGAAAGCAAAAGUUGUCAAAAGGCAUCCUCACAGACAUCAGCACUGAAGUACACAAUUAAUGGCUAUGCUGAUGGGACGUUACCAGAUUUAGAGGCUUGUGCCUAUGACAACAUUAGUUGGCAUUUGAUAGGAAUGAGUUCCAAGCCAGAAAUUUUCUCCAUUCAUAUCAAUGGUCAGACCAUGCAGCAAAGAAAUCAUCGAAUUUCUACUGUUAACCUCGUGGGAGGAGCAUCAACCACAGUAAACAUGACAGUCAGUGAAGAAGGAAGGUGGCUGAUCUCUUCUCUUGUCCAGAAGCAUCUGCAAGCUGGACUGCAUGGUUACCUCAGUAUAAGAGGCUGUGAGGACAAAGAGGUGAAGAAGAGGAGGCUCUCCUUUAGAGAACGCCUUAUAGUCAAGAAUUGGGACUAUUUCAUUGCUGCAGAAGAAAUUACUUGGGAUUAUGCCCCAAAUAUUCCAGACAACCUUGAUAGGUAAAAUAAUAUUUUGUCAACCUAACA